AUGAAGGGCUCUUUGCUUGCACUCCUUUUCAUCUCGACCCAAGCGGUCAUGGUUACUGCCAAGCUUCACAAGUUGUGCUGGUGUGAAUACAACGGAAGGAAAGCCAGUGGCGAUACUCAAACCGCCUGCACCAAGUACCGGAACCGCAACACUGGCAACGCGCAAUGGGACAAAUGCCCGGAUUGCUCGUACGAUGCCGGAGCGCCCAACACGCUUGCGACUUGCAGCUCGGCAGGGUGGCACCUUGGAGGAGACGAGUGGGCCUACUACUGCGGGCAGACUGCACAUCUGGUCUGCCUCGUCGUGUCCCUCAUGGCCAUCCACAGUGAGCCGAAGCUGCGCAGGGAAGCUCCCCCGCAAAGAGCAUCUGCCCCGAAGCAGCCAAAACCAGUCCUGGUUGACGAUGCGGCCGACACAGACUCGCGCGCCGAGUACGAGUUCGGCGGCCCGCUGGGCGUCGGCGCCAUGAUGGUCGGCUUCCCGCUGCUGAUGUGGUACAUGUUCGUCGGCGCCGUCUGCUACGACGGCAAGCUGCCGCUGCCCUCGGACGGCCAGUCGCUGCCCGACUUCGUCGCCCACCUGGCCUCGCUCGCCUACACGCACGCCUUCCCCCACCCCAAGGCCUGGGCCAUCUACUGGACCUUCCUGGUGCUCGAGGGGCUGGGCUACCUGUACCUGCCCGGCGUCUACGGCAAGGGCAAGUACCUGCCGCACCUGGGCCAGCAGCUGCCCUACUACUGCUCCGGCAUCUGGUCGUGGUACAUCACCAUCGCCGCCGCCCUCGCCCUGCACUUCUCCGGCCUCUUCCGGCUGCACACGCUGCUCGACGAGUUCGGCCCGCUCAUGUCCGUCGCCAUCCUGAGCGGCUUCCUGGUCGCCGCCGUCGCCUACGUCUCCGCCCUGGCCCGCGGCGCCCAGCACCGCAUGACGGGCAACCCCGUCUACGACUACUUUAUGGGCGCCGAGCUGAACCCGCGCCUGCUGGGCUGGCUGGACUUCAAGAUGUUCUUCGAGGUCCGCAUCCCGUGGUACACGCUCUUCCUGCUCUCGCUCGGCACCGCCCUCAAGCAGUACGAGGAGCUGGGCUACGUCUCGGGCGAGGUCUGCUUCAUCCUCAUGGCCCACGCCCUGUACGCCAACGCCUGCGCCAAGGGCGAGGAGCUCAUCAUCACGAGCUGGGACAUCUACUACGAGAAGUGGGGCUUCAUGCUCAUCUUCUGGAACCUGGCCGGCGUGCCGCUGACCUACUGUCACUGCACCAUCUACCUGGCCAACCACCACCCGUCCGAGUACCACUGGAACCGCGGCGUGCUGGCCGCCUGGUUCGCCGCCUACCUGUUCGCCUACUGGGUGUGGGACACGGGCAACAGCCAGAAGAACAUGUUCCGCGCCAUGGAGCGCGGCACCGAGCUCAACCGCAAGACGUUCCCCCAGCUGCCGUGGAAGUACGUCAAGAACCCGCAGAUCAUCAGGACCAAGACUGGCGACAACAUCCUGUGCGACGGCUGGUAUGGCAAGGCCAGGAAGAUCCACUACACCUGCGACUGGUUCUUCGCCUUUUCCUGGGGCCUCAUCACCGGCUUCAACUCGCCCUUCCCCUGGUUCUACUCCAUCUUCUUCACCGCCAUGAUCAUCCACCGCGCCAAGCGGGAUAUCGAGAGAUGCCGCGAAAGGUACGGCGAGGCUUGGAAGGAGUACGAACGCCGUGUCCCGUACCUGUUCAUCCCGUACGUCUUUUAA